AUGGAUUAUCUAUUAUGGCGGAAGAACAACAUAGAUGGACCAGACCAAGACAAGUAUCCUUAUCCCUGGAUAAUCUGGUACAUAUGGAAGGCUCGAAACGACAAACUCUUCAGGGGAAUAGAUAGAGAUCCACUGGAACUAGUGAGAUAUGCGAAAAGUGAAUGUCAAGCAUGGUUUGAUGCAAACAAGGUGAUACCAGUGGUGCAAGGGCCUGAGAUUGAAGACCAAGCCAUAAGCUUGGAUAAUAUAUGUUUGUUAGAUGGAUCAUGGACGUCUCAAAGCCAAUUCAGUGGAUGUGGAUGGGUCUGGAUGGACAGUGGCGGGAAGAUUGAACUAAUGGGAACACGAAAUAUUCCAAGACGAGAAUCAGCUCUUCAUUCUGAAGUAAAAGCACUGCGAUGGGCGAUGGAGAAUAUGCUUCAACACUCAACAUGCCAGCGUUUCGGAACAGAUUACAAGGAGCUCAUUGCUAUGAUUAAGGACCCCGCUGCUUGGCCAAGCUUUGCGACGGAGCUGGAGAGGAUAGAGACGCUUCUAAUAUGCUUCUCAGACUUUGAUAUCUCAUACGUGCCAAGAACACACAAUCAGUUCUCUGAUUUUUUUAGCAAAAACAGCUAG